GUAUGCCUCUCGUUUCCACAAUACUCAUAUAUAUACACCCUUCAAUAUCGGAGUUCAAUUCAACAACUUAGGAGGGAUGGGAUCGCCUGUGAUAACCCCAGAGGACGUGCUAGAGACCCUCAUGAACGACGGCACAAUCGACGCCAUACGCUUGAAAAUCAUCAAUCAGCUCAAAGCUAAUGAGGAGCUAAAGAGUAACACGAUAAAAAUGGCCGAACAGAGUAAGGUCCUAAAUACCCCUGGUGCUGAAAAACAGACAAAGAGAGAGUUGUUUGAUGCACUUCGGCAGGAGCUCGAAACCCCUGUACUUGAGAAAGCUUCUAAAUCUGUCUGGGAGCUAAUUUUAGAUCAAAACGGUUUGGGGAAGGAGAUUAGUGACACAGUUGAGCGAGUUUUUUGUCAGCUAAGUGGCCGUGAGCCUCCAUUGUUUCCUGAGUUGAUCAGUAAACCCCAGGCAGAAAAAGAAAAAGAUGGUGUCGGGCCUUUGACUUCAGCCAAGAAAAGAAGCUUUCAUGACAUGAGCAAAGAUGAAACAGACAGAGUCGAACAAGAACCUGCCACUAUGUCGGCUGUGCCCGAUAAUGUUACCACGACAGGGCUGUCACCUAAGCCCCAAAAGUAGAAUGUGCCAGAGUACUUCCUGUUGCAAGUGUUGUUUGAUAUAUACAAGUUAUAGUGUCGUAAAUUGUUUUUUGUUGUGAUUUUUCCCUCGUUGUUUUAUCAUUUACGACUGGCCUGGAAUUGUUAUUGCUCAAAGGGUUUAGUGAUGGGUAUGGUUGGUAAUAUUUACUUGGAUUGAUUUGAACGGAGUGAACGAGAGUUUCUGUAAGGUGAUAUCGAGUUUUGCAGUUUUGAAAAUCGAUUCAUACUCACGUUCAUGAGGCAUAAAAUCUUUCAUGAACUUGUGUCCUCUGAACUGGUUUUUUCCAGGUGAUUUCACAAUAAUCUGCAUUAUAUUUGUAUUGAGCAAAUGGAAAGUGAAACUCUUGAACUCGUGUGACCUUUGUCAUAAAGGUUGUUAAAAACAUAAUGAGUGCAUAGCUCGUGCGAUU